AUGAGUAAGCGGUUGUUUCUAUGCAUAGUCGACGACUUGAAAGCCAACUACGAUUAUUUUAAACAAAAAGUGGAUGCGAGAGGGGCACUUGGAUAUACCGGUAUCCAAAAGUGUACGUCGGCGUUACGAAUCCUUGCUUAUGGAAACACAACCGACAUCAACGACGAGUAUCUAAAAAUGGGUAUUAUUGAUUUGUAUGGUGCGCGUUAUCUUAGAACGCCCACAUGGGACGACCUUCAAAAGAUCUACGAGGUACAUUCGAUGCAACAUGGUUUGCCUGGUAUGAUCGGGAGCUUGGAUUGCAUGCAUUGGCAUUGGGAUAACUGCCCGACCGCAUGGCGAGGCCAACACACACGGGGUGACCAAAAAGGACCCACUGUUAUUCUUCAGGCGGUUGCUUCACAGGACCUUUGGGAGUGGAUUUCUGGCAAAGCUCCAAAAGCGUCGUUUUACGCAAAUGGAAACUACUACCCUCAUGGAUAUUAUUUGUGCGACGGAAUUUAUCCUAGUUAUUCGAUUUUCUUGAAGACGUUUAGUGAUCCUAUUGAUGAAAAAAGAACGAAGGAAAGGCGAUAUGCAGAAUUAUGUGCCAGAAGCCGUUCAACAGGAGCAUCCACAGACGUCAAUGGACGAAGAGUGAAUAAUGCGCGAGAGUUGCAUUACGAACCGUACCAUUCCGCGUUAACGGUUGAUUUGGUACAACACGCAUGGUCGGUUCGGUAUGUACCACCUGAGGGUGAAGAAGAAACGGAGGACGAGGAAGACGAAGUUGGCGAGGGUGAAGAAAGCGAAGACGAAAACUAA